CCCGAGCGCGUUGCUGGGGACAGGGGUGUGGUCGCUUCUCGCUUAGGGGAAAGCGGCCCUUGGUUUGUUUAUUCUCUCGUUAUAGCUGCAACCACACAAACUGCAUAUACAUACGUACAUUCUUAUCUACGCUUUCUUUCCACCGCGACUGCACAACUGCACCGCACCUACAAAGUUACAACUCAAACACACCUCACUCAACCCCCCGCAACACCGCCAAGUUGGCGAAACUCAAAGAAAGCCCGAGCGGCAUGGAGCCGCCCUCGUCCCCCACCAAAUUCCCCAUGUCUCCUCCAGGCAUGCCCGUCUUGUCCGCCAGCCCUGAACGUGCCGCGGCCAUGAGAUCACCACACGGCGGAUCAAACCCUCAGUCGCCAUCGAUUCCGGACCUCCGUACAUCACCUCUGCGCAGACACCGCCGAAACGAUUCUGAUGUAUCCGUGCAUGGACUCGCGGCCAUGUUUGAAAACCUCGAAGUUAAGGACUUCAAGGAGGCCCAAGCAAAGUAUACGAAUGCCCUCCAGAAGGAAAGGACAAAGCACGCGUCCGAGGUGCGCCAGAUGGAGAAGGAUUACGCACUAGGCAUGAGCCGCCGCCAAGUGCGCAUCGAAGAGUUGGAGGCUCAGCUCGGCCACAUGAUUCAAAACCACAAGAAUUGCAUUUCCAAAGACGUUUGGGAUGCCGCUCGCAAGGAGCAGCGCGAAGCCAUCUCUAAGUGGGAAGGCGCGAUGAAACGUGUAGAAGAGAAGCGAGGUCAAAUGGAAAGCCACAUUGACAAGCUUAACAGGACGAUCGACGCCUACAAGGCGAAAGGUCACACUUAUAAGCAAAGCUUCGAGGAUGCUCGAGACCGAAGAGAUAAGCUGGAGAAGCUGCUACCCAACUACCAGGGCAAGGUGGCCGGGCUCGAGCGAACCAUCAAGAGAACUGAAUCCGACUUGAAACUAUACAUGGGCGAAGCUGAAAAGUACAAAAGCCAAGUGUACGGCCUACAGGUUGACGUCGAGGCCGUGCGAGCUCAGCUAGGAGAAGAAGUAGAAACGCUCAAGGACCGACUCCGCCUCGUUGAAGGUGAACGUGAUACAUUAAAAACAAGCCUAAAAGAAGAGGAGGUCCUACGCAUCGCUGCUGAAGGGCAGAUUCCACUUCCAGUAGCUACAAACGAAGAACACGAUGAGUUUGCCUCGCCAGUCCGCUCUCCGCGAAAGCAACGCAUGCCCGAGAGGAGCGAAGAAGACAAGGAAAAUGUAGCACCGAAAAAGGCCGCGGUUGAACUGAGGUUGGCACAACAAGAGCUGGCCACGGAGAGGCGUCUCCGCGAGCGUGCCCAAGAUCAGGUUGACUUCAUGAAGAUGGAAUGUCAAUUCCGGUGCUGUUCCUGCCGCGUUGCCGAUUUCAGCGGCUCACAAUACGUACACGAUGGCACUUACGCAACCGAGAUGGAGCGUAUCAAAGCAACUGUACCCGCUUUGACACCACCAUCCAGCAGUCACGGCGAGGAUGUUGAGAUGAGCACAGAAUCCCCUUCAGUCCAACAGGAGCGACCGCCUACCCCCCCUGGGGACGAGCCAGCUAUAGAUGACACCAUGGUAGCCGUUCGUGCAGAGAGCCAAUCUCCUGAGCCAGCACUCGCAUUCUCUCCCACAACAGGCGUGUUCCGUCCAACGCAGGAAGAGACAAUUCCGACAAUAGCAUCUGCGCAGGAGCUUUCCGCUAGACUUGCAGCGGAGAUCAACUCGUCGUCGCCGUGGGCACCGGAUGCCCAUAGCACUGUUUUACCUCUCUCUCGUCCACAAUCUCGCGCUGCUCUGAACAUUGGCGACGCCAUGCACAGCAAGUCCUCGGAUAUCAAGGUUCAUGAGGACGCUGUGAUGGAUAGUGACGAUGAAGAUAGUUGUCCGGGGACGCCUGGCGAGUACCCCACCGGCCCAGUGACCCCAGCACAAUACUUGAUGCGAACAAUCACUACUACUACCACCAUUCCGCUACACUUCUCCCCUGCCACACCAGCCAUGAAACGAGGAGCUCAGGCCAUGACACCUUCGACUGUUGCGCAUGCCCCAGCUGACGCACACACGCCGGUGCUUGGCGAGCUUGCGCUGAACAAAGCUCCAUUUGAUAGACAGGCUGCCCUCGAAGCAAUCCGUGAGCGACGUGGCAGGGCGAGGAGUAUGGCUGCGGGACAGGCCACGCCUCACAAGCAGAUGAUGGAAGGUGUAAAAGAGCGUAGGGAUAUCAGCGCACCUGUGUCCAGGCUGCACCGGUGA